AACCUUCCACUAUUAUCAGUCUCUCGGAAGAAACUCUAGGAAUACCCCCUGCACUUCCACCUUCUGUAUUACUUCAAGAACAACACACUCAAAAUGAGAAUAGUCCUACGGUUGACUAUCCCAUCUCUACUGAAGGUCUUACCUCUGUUUCUUAUGAUACAGACUUUCCCUCACUCUCAGCUGCAGCUGCCCCAAUAACAAAAUCUUCUGUAUGGGGAAAUCGUUCUGGUGCUGAUCUAAUUCGUCAGCAAUCUACAGUCAAAAAGUCAGGAAUCAUCACUGAGAUACUUGAAUUGUCUGCUUGCCAACAAUUGCAAAAGAAAGAAUUCGGUAAUAAAACUACAAUUGCCGAUACAGUCAAACGCAUCACAAAUAAGACAAACACCCAGAUCGAUAUGUCUACCGCAACAAAAAGUGGCACUACUACUUUUUUGAUUAAAGGUAAUAUUGAAGAUGUGAUGAGAGCAAAGCGAGAAUUACUGGAUAUUUUGGCUGUUAAAAGCGAAGAAACUAUCCAAAUUCCAGUUUCUGCUCGUCCUUACAUUUUAGGAGCCCGUGGCCAAACACUACAAGCAAUCACUUCUAGAACUGGAACGCGCAUUCAGCUUCCACCGCGUCAAGAAAACAAUAUUGAAGAAAAUGAACUCGGCUAUGAUGAGGAUGAAGAAAUGAUGAGUGUCAAAAUCGAAGGCGAUACGAAGGGAAUUAACUUGGCCAAGGAAGAAAUUUCUACUAUUGUUAACGAAAGAGCAACAAAGCGGUCCCAUCGUAUUACGCAUAUAGAACAUCAUUUCUACCCAUUGAUUUUUGGUGCACACAACCAACGUAUUCAUCAAAUUAGUAUUGAUACUGGAACAAAAAUUCAUGUUCCAUUUUAUAACGCUUCUGCAGAAGGUGGUGAUAAUCAAGACCAUUCUAAAGAUUCUAUCGUUAUUACUGGCGAACGAGAUGCGAUUAAAAAUGCAAUCGAUGCCAUUGAAGAAAUCUAUACAACAUUACGUCAGCAUAAGUUUCUUAUUGGACAAAAAGGAUCGAAUCUCCAAGAGAUUUUAGAAACUACUGGUUGCUCUUUGGAACUACCUGCACUAUCUGAUCCAUCUGAAAACGUUACCAUUCGAGGUCCACAGAACAAACUUACUUCAGCUUUGCAAAUUGUGUUAGAUAAGGCUAAUUCUGUUCAUAUAGAAACGUUAGACAUUGCGCUUUCUCACAAAACCGAUCAACCCUUGGAACAUGCCAAAAAUAUAUUAAAAUAUCUAUGUAACAGGAGUAAAAAAAAGAUUGAAUCAGACAAUAAUGUGCAGAUAGUGAUUCCCAAGGGUACAGCAUUGGAAAAGAAUGUAAUAUUGGAAUUCGUUGGUAAAGAUCUUGGAAAUGUAGAGAAUGCAAAAAAAGAAUCGCCAAGUCAUUUCGCUAUUGCAACUAUUGAGCCACAUCUUCAUCGCCAUAUAAUUGGUCGUAAAGGACAAAAUCUUCAGCGUGUUAAAGAAACUUACGGUGUCGAAAUAAUUGUCCCUGAUGAAAAGGACGAAAGUCCUGACAUUUUAAUCGUUUUUGAGGGCAAAGAUAAUGAAGUUCCUAUCGAUAAGAAAGAAUCGUAUGUCAAAGACAUCUUAGAAAAAGCCAAAUUAGAAUUGGUCAAAGCUGGCCAAGAUGCCUCUGAUUUUGCAACGCAAACCCUUACCAUUCCAGUAAAAUUUCAUCGUCAUAUAAUUGGGCCAAAAGGCACCACCCUUAACGGUAUCACUGGUGGUAGUGAUGCACCUGUUUCUGUUAAGUUUGGUUCCUCUCGAACAGGUGCUGCAGAACGAUCUGCAAAUGCUGAAGGCAAAAAGCUUAUCCAAACACCAAUGUCUAAUGACAUAGUUGUAAUUAAAGGUCCGACUGAAGAAGUUGAGAGGGUAGUUAAAGAAAUUAACAAGGUUGUCGAAGAUGCCAAGCAUACCGAGUUUAUGAAUUCUUACACUGAAGAAUUUACCUUCCCUGCACAAUACUCUGCUCAUGUAAUUGGAAAGGGUGGUGCUAAUGUGACGCGCUUAAAGGAUAAAUGGAAUGUAAAGAUCGAUAUCGAAGGAGGCGCUAAAGGUGAAGAGAAAAAGACUACACCUGGAGAAAAUGUUAAAGUUACUAUUGUAGGUAUGAAGGACAAUGUCAAAGAUGCGAAAACCAGGAUACUAGAUCUUGUAGACAAAUUGCAGGAUGCCACUACAGUCCGUCUAAAGAUUCCUUCUGAAUAUCACAAAUCAUUGAUUGGUACGAAAGGCCGCUAUGUAAAACGUCUUGAAGAGAAAUACGGUGUUCACAUACGAUUCCCUAAGACUAAAGAUUCUAAUGAAGAAGGUGAAGAUGAUCCAACUGAUGCACAAAAGCCUGAUGAGGUAAUUGUUAAAGGUGGGAAGAAAGGUGUUAAUGAUGCUAAGGCAGAAUUGAUGGAUCUGCUAGAUUACGAAAGAGAUCAUGAUAAUUCAGAGAAAUUUAAGAUUCCAGCUCAAUUUCUUCCUCAUAUUGUUGGUAAAAAUGGAGUCAAAAUCACCGAAAUCAAAGAUGAGACAAAAACUCGUAUCGAUCUUGGACAAGCUGAACCUUCAGAUGAUGAUCCAAAUCAACAGGUUGUAAAUGUCGUAGUAUAUGGAACUAAAUCUGAAAUUAUAAAGGCAAAGGAACUUAUUCUUGGAAUUGUAAAAGAAUUCGAAAAUCAGAAAACUAUCACAAUGAAUAUUGAUCCUCAAUAUCAUAAAUACCUUAUCGGUCCCGGCGGUAGUCGAAUUCGAGAGAUUGUUGCUAAGGCGGGUGGCCCUGAUGAAAAAAGUGGCCAGACAGGUAUUGUAAAGUUUCCUCGCCCAGGUACAAAUAGCGAUGAAGUCACCCUUAAAGGUGAUAAGGAACUCGUCGAAAAAAUAAAGGUAGAACUGGAAAGGCUAGUCGAAGAGCAGCUUCGUGAAAUCCAAAAUCGCUUUAAUGUGACUAUUCAAUUUCCUGGCUCUCGAUCAUAUAAUGAUACCCCUACUGUGAGUCACACUAACGAUAACAUAGAAAAUAGUGAAGAGGCUGUUAAGAUUAUAGGAAAAGCGGAAAAUAUUGAGGCCGCUAAGGCUGAUAUUUUGCCUGAAAUAAAUCACCCUAAAAAGAGCAUUGUGAAUGGAAUUUCUACUAAAAGAAUUGAUGACGACGAAAUUUCCGAAAAUAAAGCUGAACUUGGAUGGGAAGUAGUUGAAAAUGAGGAUAAUGCAAUUGGCGAUAUUAUUUGGAAUUUGAAAGGUGAAAAAAUUCAAGUUGAACGUGCGGAGGAAUAUGUUAAUGAAUUAUUAAAAGAAGCGGUAAAAGAAGCACGUCGAUUUACUCAUACUGGCUAUAUGACUAUUCCUCAACAAUAUCAUCGGCAUGUUAUUGGUCGUGAUGGUCGAACAAUUUCACGUAUUCGAAAUGAAAGUGGAUGUAAGAUUGAAGUUCCGAAGGCUAAAGGUGAUGAUGUUGUAAUUGUAACUGGAUCGCAAGAAGGCGUCGAAAAAGCCCGAAGUUUAAUGGAAGAAAUUAUUAAUCGUGCUGAAAGAUAA